UGGCUGAGGCAGCGAAGAGGCUCCGGGACAGGAGGGAGGGGAAGGGGGCGGGUAGUUGCCUGCGGGAGGCAGCCAAUGGUCAUGUGACCGGAAGGGCUCCUGACGGACGCCGUCCCUCCUCGGCGCGGCCCGAGCGCCCGGCCCGACCCCAGCCAUGGGGUGCUGCUACAGCAGCGAGAACGAGGACUCGGACCAGGACCGAGAGGAGCGGAAGCUGCUGCUGGACCCUAGCAGCCCUCCAACCAAAGCCCUCAAUGGAGCUGAACCCAACUACCACAGCCUGCCUUCCGCUCGCACAGAUGAGCAGGCCCUGCUCUCCUCCAUCCUCGCCAAGACAGCCAGCAACAUCAUCGAUGUGUCUGCUGCAGACUCCCAGGGCAUGGAACAGCAUGAGUACAUGGACCGAGCAAGGCAGUACAGCACCCGCCUGGCUGUGCUGAGUAGCAGCCUGACCCAUUGGAAGAAGCUGCCACCGCUGCCAUCUCUCACCAGUCAGCCCCACCAAGUGCUGGCCAGCGAGCCCAUCCCCUUCUCCGACUUGCAGCAGGUCUCCAGGAUAGCUGCUUACGCCUACAGUGCACUUUCUCAGAUCCGUGUGGACGCAAAAGAGGAGCUGGUUGUACAGUUUGGGAUCCCAUGAAGAGAGGGGUCCUGGGACAGCUCUUCUCCUCUCUUCACCCUGUCUCCACCCUGCCUCCCCUGGCCCCCAGCCUCACUGCGGCUUAUACAGUACCCUAACCUGCUACUAAUCACAGUGAAGAAUGUGGAGGAGGAGAAGAGCAAGACUAGAAGCCUGAACAAGUGAGG